GCCUCGGUUUGAUUCUGCGGCAGCAUGGCGUCGGAAGAUGGGAAUCCCCGAGUUUUCUUUGACAUUGCGGUCGACGGCGAUUCCAUUGGCAAGGUGGUGUUUGAACUAUUCAAGGACAAAUUACCAAAAACAGCUGAGAACUUCCGAGCCUUAUGUACAGGUGAAAAAGGAGUAGGAGAAACCACGGGAAAGCCUCUACACUUUAAAGGAUGUCCAUUUCACAGAAUAAUCAAGGAUUUCAUGAUCCAAGGGGGGGAUUUCUCCAACCAAAAUGGCACCGGAGGAGAAAGCAUCUAUGGAGCUAAGUUUGAUGAUGAGGGAUUUCCCUAUAAGCAUGAUAUCCCAGGUUUACUUAGCAUGGCAAACAGCGGCCCCAACACCAAUGGGUCUCAGUUCUUCAUCACGACAGUGCCCACACCACACCUUGACGAUAAGCAUGUCGCGUUUGGUAAAGUCAUCAGUGGGAUGGGUAUCGUCAGUGAGCUGGAGAAUGUGGAGAAAGAUGGGGAGAGACCUAUACAGGAAUGCGUAAUCUCCGACUGCGGGGAGCUUCAACCAGGGGAGGACUUCGAGAAAGCCAAAGACGAUGGAACAGGGGACACAUAUGCUGACUUCCCCAUAGAUGCUGGCCUGGACUUCUCAUUGAAAGACAACAAGGAGAAAAUCAUAGUUAUUGCUCUUGAUAUCAAGAAGAUUGGAAACACAUUGUUUAAGGAACAAAAAUUUUCCAAGGCCAAGAGGAAGUACAGGAAAGCUUUAAGGUAUCUACACACGAUGAGUAAUCAGAUGUCGCUACCUGACCAAGAAGAAGAAGACAUUGGUCGCACACAUAUUCUACCAUUUUUUCUUAAUCUAGCAGCAUGUAAUUUGAAAUUAAGUGAAUAUGAAGAGGCAUUUGAAAAUUGUCACGAAGUAUUGGAGAAAGAACCUACAAAUGCUAAAGCUUUAUUCAGAAGAGCUCAGGCCCAAAAUGCACUUAAGAACUGGGAUGAUGCUAUAAUCGACCUUGAAGCAGCCUUGAAAUCUCAACCUGAAGAUAAAGGCAUAAUGAGAGAACUUCAGAAGACACGAAAGAUGAAAGAGGAUUACAAGAACCAACAAAGGAAAGCAUAUUCCAAGAUGUUUGCUUCCUGAAGUCCAUGACACCAAUACAAUACAAUAUUCAUUAAUGGCCUCAGCUCAGUAUUUGAAGUCGGCAUCAGUACACGUUUGUUUGAAAUGGAUGUUUACUAUAUUAAAGCAACAGUCAUAUAAACAGUUGCCCUACAAACAUCAUCACAAUCUGCCAGUUUUGAUGGAGAAACUAUAUGUUAACAACAGUUGUCAUUCAAACAGUAUAUGUACCAUCUUCACUUGGAUGGGCAUCCAAGGUUGGAUAGACAAAGAUUACUCGGUACCAGUAUGAAACUGAUAUACCAAGACCCUGGUGUUUUCAGAUGUGACAUAUCAUCUAUGAAACGCAUUGUGUGUAGACUUCAUGAUUAAAUUGAAAAUAGAAUUACUUUUCCAAGUUUGUGUUAAUUGCUAAUGUUUUCUUUUAAAUCAACCAAGAGUCCUUCUGUUUCAAAAUCUAAUGCAAAUAUUUAGGUUGUGCAUUGUAUCUCUCAGGGAUUCUGGGUUAGAAAGCCAUCUUCUCGAGGCAAGGGAGAUAACUGUCCAUAAAAGUCAAGUUUCCACUCUUGCUGAUCUAGGCUUGAAUUAUGGAGUUAUAUUUUCCCUGGACUAGCAUGUGUACCUCCCAACUCGGCGUCAACAGAUAUUUUCCACAUCUUUUUCCAAAUGUUUAUUUGAUGUACUUUGGGAAGUAAGAUCCGUUUUAUCACAAUAUAGAUUUUGAUUUUCCAUCAGACAGCGGUAAAACUAACAUUUUUAGUCCACUAGUCCUUAUAAUGAUGACAAAGAGGAAAACCCUUUAAAAAUGGCAAAUUUCUACUAGUCCUUAUGAUACCUUAACUGUUAGGCAGUUUUGCAAGGACUACAGGACUAAUACCAAUUUCUUACGCUGUAUCAGAUCGUCUUGACUUGGCACUGCCAUUUUGUUUAAAGCAAAUGCAAGUAAUAUGAGAGGUGGAAUCUGAUUGGUCAAUAGGACGGACUUAGAAGGGACAUAACUUGUAAUAGCAAAUGGUGGCACAAGAUCCAGCCUAGUUCAGCAAGGGUGGAAACUGGACUUUUACUGUCAGUUUACUCCCUUCUCAGGAAUAUGGGUUUGAGUAGGUUCCUAGCCACCUGUGCUGGUGGACUAACCGAAUCCGGUUGUCUGAUUCCAUGACUAUGUUGAUAAGUGUGUCAUUAUUCCUGGUGACAUGGAUAGUUGUUCAUAAUAUCAUUAGUUUUGUCUAGACUUUAUUAUCAACAUGCAGACGCCCUAUAGUUGGUGCAGUGUUAAACAACAAAAACCCAAAGCAAACGUAUAUACAUGUUAUAUCUCUAUGUUGAUAUUUGGGGUGCCCUAGCUUCAGUUUGGGUACCUGUUAAACAAUUUGUACUCAUCCCAGCCCUAGUCACUUUGUAAGGUGAUAAGAUACAUAUCACAUGGGUUUAAAGUUCACAAUACAUUCACAGAGCUCAAUACUUGUGAUACUGUGGAGAUCUAUUUCAUUGUCAAAAUUUAAGAUUUGUCUUAUAUGGAAGUAUUGGUUUGGAUCAAGAUGGCCAUAAUAAGUGAGCAAAAUGGCAAAAUAUGUAUAAAACAUGUUUACUUAACCAAAGAAUGAAAUAUAUGAUGUCAGUUAUGCCAUAUCUUAGCCUCUAAAACAAAUUUGUACCAGUGGCCAAUUUGUAGCAGAGUUGCAUCCCUUAUUGGUGCCAGAAUCCGAUACUUGUGUGUUUCAAAUACCAGACUUGUGCUUCCGAUGAUUAUUUGUCAGCAGGCGGUGGGGAAGCCUAGAUGUAAAAGCGUUCACUUGUCACACCCAAGACCUUGGUUUGAUUUCCAACAUGGGUACAAUGUGUGCAGCCCAUUUCUGGUGUCGCCUGCCCAGACAUUGGUUUUAUGCUGAUUUUAUAUAUAUUUCAACAUUCUCACUCACUCACUCACUGGUUUGUGGGCACACCAACCAUGCUUUGGGGUUUCACCAAGUGCUAGAACCUACUGCCUUCCCCUGACAUUCAGCUGACACUCUCUGAUGUAACUGAAAUAGGUUCAAAGCAGCCUUUAACUCAUCACAGGUAAGCCAAGGUUGGAGAUUGUGGUUUGUGGUGACACAUAAGUGAUGUGUGAUCCAACUGCUACAAGUGAAGCUGAUGGACAACUUUGUCAAUUAAUGUAACAUCAUUGAGUUACUGUGAUCAUAUUUUUCCCAUGAGUGGUAUCCAAAAUGUGUCAUGUCCUAUGAUUAUUAACGCACAAAAGGAAUGCUUUCAUUGGCGUCAUUUCAAAAAUAUGUUUCCUUCAGCCCAUAUAACCUUUCAGGUGCCACAAGUGAGGCAUACUCGUUCUGUACUAGCUGAAUAAUUGGCGCUGGUUCAACAGAGUGGCGCUCACACAUACACAUUCGUGGCCUCUCGUGCCACUCCGGACAAGCCGGUUACGGAAAGGGGCGAGCGGGUCGAAUGAGACUUCUGAAAAUUUUAAUAACCAAUGUAGUAUCAAAAUAUCAAGAAUAUAAUGUGAUUGUUUGUUGUCAAUGUCUUUUAACGCCUAUCUUAAUUACGUCUGUAAAACAGAUAAAUGUUCAUUGUUGUCAAUGAAGAUUGUAUUGUAUCAUACUACGGAAAGGCAAUUUUAUUUGUAUUUUUUGGAUCACGGUGUUUUUUCUCCCAAUGUCAGAUGUCGGAGGAAGGAGUUUAAUAUAGAAAAUGACAGCCUCAACCUUGGUACUUUUUUUAAGUUUGUAACUCUAUGUGAAAUAUCGGAUUUUCUCGGAGUUCAUUUCGGCAAAGUCCGUGCAUGAAACACAAGGCCAUAACUCCACAUAUCUUAUGGCCAUACUCGGCUACCACGGAUCGAAUUGGUGCAUUUAAGACGAAUGUCUAAUAUUGCCAUCGUAUAAGGGACCAUUUUUCUUAAGAUAAUCGGUAAUCAAUUUGACAAAAAUAUGGCAUGCAUAUCCGUGACCGUGAUCCAAUAAAUAAAUAAAUAAAUAAUGGCCAAAGCACAAGCCAUAAUAUGUUUUCUUACUGCUGAAUUUAAUUCCUGUUCCUUAAUAAAGUCUGCUUCAUGGUUCA